UUCCGUGCAGUACCAGUUCAGCAGUUCGAGUCGCAGUCCCGUCAAUCAGACGUCGAGGAAAAAAUUAGGAAAGAAUCUUUUCCAAUCGUUUUUUCGCAUGCAAAGUUGUUGAAACUAGAGAAAUUUCGACGGAUUUCGUUAGUUUUGGUCGCGCGCGAGUGGAUUUGUUGUAAAAUGUGAGCAAGCUGUAACGGAUCGUCGCGAAAAAACGCAAAUUUCCCAUCUCCAAAUUCGCGAACCGCGGUUCCGAGGAUGAUUUCAUAAACUUCCUGAAAAAAUCAGCAGUAGCAGAGACGAAAUAGCAAAAAAAAAAGGCGAGCUCUGAACAAAAAAUAAUGAUUUUCAACCUUGAACGGCAGCAAACAUCAUCAUCGUCGUCGUCGCGGACGUCAAUUUCGCGUUGAAAAGAGCUCGGUGUGGAAAAUCGCAGGCACCGAAAAUUAUACAUUCCGCCGGGGUCAAGUGUGUCCUUUUACGGGGGUUGACCUGGUGCCCCUGGCACCGAGUGGUAGGAAAAAAGUGCAGUUUUGUAUUGUGUGUGGCAAGUUGCAAAUUAUUAUUGACGUGAUCGUCUCCGCUCCGGUAAAAAUAAACAUCGGAUUGUGCAAAGUUGUUUGUUUGUGGCAGAAUUAGUAACUGCUAGGGGAAGAUUCUUAUCAGCACCAGGGCGUGAAUUGGGACGGAAAUAAUCUCCCCCCGAAGGAAAGGCCACUUUUGUGUGACGGGGGCGAAUCUUGAAGAAGCAAACGCAGUAAACUAAUCGAAGAAGGAAAACAUCAUCAGAUCGUCUUGAAACUAUUUACCACGCCCGAAAGAACGCAGCAGGAAGAAGGGAAUUCCACACCCAACCCACCCACUCCGACGCAACCCGAGGGAUAAAAUAAACAAUGGGAAGCGUCUGGAAGCGGCUGCAGCGUGUCAACAAGCGGGCGGCUAAGUUCUCCUUCACCGUCUCGUACCAUGAGCUGCGCAUGGAGACCACGGCCAAAUGGCGUCCCCACAGUUUGCACGUGGUGUGGACACGCCGUUCGCGCCGCGUUUUGUCCAGCGCCCUGGCCUGGGAGCCGGAUCUGGUCAAUCCGGUGAGCAGCACGAUGGCGUGGCCAAUGCCGGACAAUCACACCAUCGCCGUAACGCUCUUCAAGGACAUCCGGACGCACGAGCUCGAGGACAAGGACUGGACCUUCGUGCUGGAGGACGUCUCCCAGCUGGGCAAGAAACGCCUGCUGGCCUCGGCUACGAUCAAUAUGCGCAAAUACGCCAGCAUCGAGUCCACCCAGCAGACGUUCACGCUGGAAAUGCGGCCCACGUCCAAGAAGAUUCUGUCGGCGCAGCUGGAACUUACGCUGAGCUGUGUGUUUCUGCGUGAGGGAAAGGCUACCGAUGAGGACAUGCAGAGCAUCAUUUCGCUGAUGUCGGUGAACAACGUGUGUGAUAUUGCCCCGCUGGAUGACCUGGAGGACAUUCCGGACAUGGAGAGUUCGAUAGAGAUCUCGGAACAUGUGCUCGAUUUUACGCAGCAGCUUGAGCAGCUGACCACCAGCUUGAACAGUUCGGAUCUGGCGACACCGAUGAGCGUACCUUCCCUCUCGGACGACCAAACGCCAGUGGUCAGCGGCUCUCGGGACAUGCUCAAAGAAAUACUCAACGAUCGCGGCUACAUCUCGCUGACCAGCGAGGGAGGCAGCAGCACAACCACCACCAAAGAACCGGACGAAAACGACAACAGCAAGGAGAAACCUCCGGAGCAUUUUUACCCCAAAAUCGUGGACUACGAGCCGAAGUUCUCCUUCAGCAAACCGAAGGAAGCCCCGGAUCACAUUCCAAAGACGGUCAGUGCACUGGAAGAGUCCCAGCGGUUGGACGAGGAGCAGAUGGAUUUGCUGGAAGCACUCGACGAGGCGGAGGAGGAGGAGCCGCAGAAGAGUCCGGUUGAGGUUGAGGAGCCAACACCGCAACCGUCGCCGGCACCUGUUCCGAAAAUUGUGGAGAGCGAACCGGCCGCGAAAAAGUCUCCGGAGGAACAGCAGAGCAGCAGGGCGGAGUUGAAGCCGCUGAAACUGAUCAAAAGCUACGACCAUCAACCUCCGGUUGUGGUUGCUGAAAAAGAAGUUGCUGCUGCUGCAGCGGAGGUUGAAAAGGUUGAAGUCGUUGAGCUACCACCAAAGGUGGUGGUGCCUCCGGCACCGGAACCAGUCGUGGAGUUCAAGAAGCCUCUCCUACGUGAUAGCACCCCAGGGCAGGAUCUGCUCGAGUGGUGCAAGGAGAUUACCAAGAGCUACAACGGAGUCAAGGUUACGAAUCUGACCACCAGUUGGCGCAACGGGAUGGCGUUCUGUGCAAUAAUACAUCACUUUUAUCCUAGUUUAAUUGACCUGAGCAAGCUGUCCCCAGGAAACGUGAUAGAGAACUGCCGGACGGCGUUCGACGCGGCGGAAAAGUUGGGCAUUCCGCGCGUCAUCGAACCACGGGACAUGAACAUGCUGGCGGUGCCCGACAAGCUGGCCGUCAUGACGUACCUGUACCAGCUGCGGGCCCACUUUACCGGCCACCAGCUGGAGGUGCACACGAUAGGUGAAACCUCGGACGACUCGAGCUACGUCAUCGGCAACUACAAAUCGGACAAGCUCACGAAAGACCUCCUCAACCUGAACGACAUGAUCACGCCCCGCGAGGACGAUCCGCUCAAAAAGGACGCCGCCGCCGCCGGAAAGGCCCAACUCUCGAAGGCCCUGCUGGGUAAGGUGCUUUCGCCAACCAAAGAAAAGCUGGCCGCGUUCGGAACAACCCCGUCCGCGCUGGACGGAACCGGACCGAUGCCGAAUGGUUCGUCGGAGCAGUCCAACAAUAGUCUAAACAAUAACACCACCACAUCGAACGGGGAGGCCGAGCAGGUUGACGAGACGGAGAAAGUCAACGGUAAAAGUGACGAGGAAGGGGACGUGCUGCGGGUGCCGCCCUCGUUGGACACGGCCAUGACAAACAACGAACGCCACGCGCGCCUUCGCGAGCAAGCCCGCCAGCUGAUUGCCAGCAAGGCGAAACCACCCCGGUUGCUCAACCUGGACUCGCCGUCUUCGCCAACCAAGCUGAUCAACGCCAGCGCCCAGCGGGCGGUCAACUUCAGCCCGGAGCGGACGAUCUCGCCGAUCAACAACCAGCCGGAGUUUAUCUUCCCAAGCGUAACGAUGGCGAUGCGGAACAAGGACUCUCCGGGUGGAACCGACGGUAGUGACGCCAACAGUAAUCUGCUGCUGAAACGGGCAAGUCCCUCGCCGAACAAGGUUUCGCCGUCGUUGCUGGAGGCGUUGAUCACCCCGAAAAAUGAGGGCCGGGUGGAAAAGGUCAACUACAUCCAGAGCGAGCUAAACAAGCUGGAGCGAGAGCAGGAAGCGAUCGACCAGAAGGCGAAUGCCCUCGAGAAGAAGCUUCGCGCUGUGAUGGGAGGAACCAUGAACAAUGUGAGUGAAACCGAGGAUCAACUCAUGUCCCAAUGGUUCACGCUGGUGAAUAAGAAGAAUGCCCUAUUGAGGCGGCAGAUGCAGCUUAAUCUACUUGAGCAAGAGAACGAUCUUGAGAAAAAGUACGACAUGCUGAAUCUGGAGCUGCGGGCGGCCCUCUCGAUCGAGGACUGGCGGAAAACGGAGGAGCAGCGCGAAAAGGAAGCGCUGCUGCUGGCGGAGCUGGUUGCGAUCGUGGACAAGCGCAACGAGCUGGUGCAGAACCUGCACAGCCAGGAGCAGGCCAUCGAGGACGAUGACGAGAUCGAGCGGAAGCUGGAAACGGUCGACAUCAACCACAAGGACGAAAAGUGUGUCAUCCAGUAGAUGAAGGCUAGGGCGCCCUCUUUUUUGCUGUCACAUCACAUCACCCCUUUACCCCGAAUACUCAGACAUCAACCGGCGUGGCGGUCCCCUGAAAAGGUAAUUGUUUUCUGAUCCAAAUUCUAAAGCAUGAUGAAUUUUGAAUCCGUUGGAUUGGGGACAAAGAAAAAACGAGAGAUUGAGCUAGAAAAAUCCACACAAACAACAAUCAUCACUUACAAACAUUACAUUACUCGUCGUCGUCGUCGAAGCUUUAGUUCUGUCUCAAUUCCGUCCGAGAAAAAAAGGAGUUUGAUUUCUUUGGUAAAGAUAACUUUACGAUUGCUUUAGAUGUUGUUUCGUGGAUGUACCAAAAUAAGGAAAGAAAGAAUGAACAAGUGAGCAAAGCUACUUUUUUCAGAGAUACAAAGAAACAUUAUUGGGAUUUCAUUAAGUUUUGUUCUGACAGACAGAAUUGGUUGUAAAUAUUCGUUAAGGUAAGCAAACCUAAGCCUGGGAGGUUCGACCGGGAGUGCCCUCGGAUCGCGGGAGGGUCGAAUCUGUCUCUCACUUUUAAAUCGCCUAGAGCUGUAACUAUUUAUUAGCUUGUUUUUAAUCAGUCCAACUAUUUUAACACUCAUUUUUAUUUAAAUUUAAGCGCUUAUGCUUUAAUAUAAGAGCUGGUAAAAACUUUGAAUUGAACAAAGAGGGCUAAAACACACAAUAAUGCUAAGAGGAAACUAUCACGUGAUAAUUAUGAAAAAUCCAAAAAAUAACUAAGUUUUAAGCUUGUACUUGUUUUGUAUCAGGGGGACAAUACCAAUAUUUUUUGCAACUAAGGAGUGACACGACCGCGAUACAUUACCCCGCACUCUUACUCUACACACCACAUUGAGAACAUGAACACAUGAAUUCGAAUUGUAGAUAAGAUCGAAAGGAAAGCUAAAGAGCAUAUACUUAAACAAGGUUCGGGUUCGGGCUUUACGCGCAAUAGAAAGAGAGUUUCAGGCUUGAUGCAGAGAGAAAGAGAGAGAAUGUUUUUUUUUUCUUCGAGGAUGAUGGAAGCAGGAUCGAAAUAAACAAAAUAUAUUAUUCUAGUCAUUCGAGCGUAGCGUAGUUAAUGGGAAACUAUUUUAAAUUGUAAAAAUAGUAUUAUUAAUUUAAUCAUACACACUGCAAACUCACAACACAAGA